UAUUGUAGUGGAACAGUGCCGCAGUACAUGGCAUGAAUACACUAUUUGAGACGUGUCUGCUCAUGUUGCCAUGACUUCCAGUAACCCGGAAAUAAUGCUGCAUCAGAAAGGCAACUGUGAGGUGUGUGUUUCUCUCCGUGUAUGUUGGCGUCAUAGCAACUGCUUUCAAGUAGAUCUAAGAUGGCGUUAGCAAGUGGACAUUGGAUUAGAAAGGAGGUGAAAGGAGAAACCCCAAAUCCUAGACAUGGUCAUGCGCUGACAGUUGCAAGAAAUAUAGCAUUUAUGUUUGGAGGUUGCUUCUUUCAUAAUUCUUCUGAUGAUCAGCCAACAUAUUUCAAUGACUUCUACAUGUUGACAAUUUCUUCCACUAAUUUGACUUGGGAAAAGAUUCCACAAAAUGGAUGUAUUCCUUGUCCAAGACAAGGGCAUACACUUUGUGUAGUAAAAGGCAAGAUAUAUUUAUUUGGAGGUUGUUCAAGCAAGAAUGCUGAGCGGUGCCUUCCAGGAGUCUACACCUUUGAUCUUGGUUCUUUAACAUGGCAGAAAAUAACCACCACUGGUAUUGCACCUCAGACUCUCAAUCAUAGUUCAGCUGUAGUAGGAGGAAACAUUUAUGUCUAUGGUGGUAUGCAGUAUGGGAAAGGUGUUGAUGACCUGCACGUAUUUAAUACAGUGUCCUUAAGUUGGACUCCAGUCAAAACCUCUGGUUCAGACCCUGGUGCCAGGUCAGGCCAGGCCUUUGCAGCAAUUGGAGAAAUAAUCUAUAUGUUUGGAGGGUGUUCGGGUGAAGAUGAAUAUUGUUCUGAUGUUUUUGCCCUGGACACAGUAUUGUUAACGUGGCAAAAAUGUGAAGUCAAGGGAGAAAAGCCUAUUGGAAGAUCACACCAUACAUUUACAGCACAUCAUGAUAAGGAUAUUUAUCUGUUUGGAGGAACUUCCAAGUCAAAAGAUGGUAUUAAAUCACCAAUGAACGAUAUUAUGAAAUUAAGUUUAGCACGGAUGAAGUGGAAGAUGCCACUUUAUGUAGGGAUCCCCCCUGCAUGCAGACAGAACCAUGUAGCAUUUAUUCUUCACAGCCAUUUGUAUAUCUUUGGUGGAGUAAAUGAAGAGGAAUUCAAUGAUCUAAUGGGAAUGAAACUGAUAAAUCCUUCAGACAGACAACCUAUUAUGAAGGAGAUUCUUUCAGAAUUGGGAAUCCAGGGAAUAAACAGCAGGUUUACUCCUACCAAAAUCCCCAAGGUGAAAUAUGAAUUGACAGAAUCUCUUUUCCCAGCUGGAAGGAUUUCUCCAUCACCUCCUGCUCCAGCAACUCAGCUUCAAGAUUUCCAUUCUGUGCGUAACCAAGCAAUGGACAUGAUCACAAGGGCCUUUGCUCUGCUGGACUCUGAGUUUCAAAAGCUCGACAUUGCAAAGGCUGAACUGGUGCAGAUGACAAUGGCUUUCCAACAUGAAAAGGACCAGUACGACAAGCAUUACGAAAACCAACAAAAGGAGCUACAAGAGAUGAUAGAAAAACACAAAGGCCAAAAUGAAGCAUGGCUCAGAGCCAGAGCAGAAGAGAAUGACAAGGAAAGGAAAGAACUCUACCAACUGAGGGAAGAGAUUCUCCACGAUCAAGAAAGGCUGAGAGGAGAACAGCAAAGCAUUCAGCAGCGCAAUCAGCAACUGCUUUCUAUAAUGCAACAGUUCAAAGGAAUGUGAACAGUUUGCUGAAUAAAGCUUGAUCACAUGCUCCAGAUCAUAGCAGCAGCAACACAGCACUGCUUGAACAACUGAGCUCUUAUGUCUCGUGUAACAAAAAUCCAGUUACCGUACAAACUGUGUCUGAUCUCACCAAGUUUCUAUUCAGCUCUAGGAUAAUGGCUCAAUUAAAUUCCCACCCAUUUUUAACACAUUUUAAUGUUGUGAUUCAAUAUUCUUUUUUUUUUUACCAAACACUUUUCUGUACUCCAUAAAAGAAGAAAGAUUUAUGCCAGACCUUUAAAAAAAAAAGAAAAAAGACCAGAAUGGAUAUAAUGCUAUUCAUACACAUCCUUGUUAGGAAAUACUAAAUAUUUUGGAAAUUUGGGGAACCUGGUGGAAAUUAAGGAUUAGGGAACUGCUUGUCUGUAUCAACCUUUUUCCAAGUGGUGGAAUGGGAUGCUCCAAAUAACCCUGGGAGCCUCUCUGCCAACCCUAAUCUGUUAGAAGUCAGUGUUUGAAAUGAUGAAACACUUAGGACUAAAGAGAUGAGGAAUUUGAAUUGGUUGUUUUUGUCUUUGCAAAGAACUUGGGCAAAUCUGAUCUGAUUUUAUGUUUUCCUGAAUAUGAUUGCAGUGUUUUAAAAAAUUGUCUUUGACAGAAAGUUCCUCCAAUCUUUAGUAGUAUACCAGCAGUAUUUUUUCAGUGUGUCUUGACUUGAGAAGAUUAAAUAUGUUCAGUGCUUAAAUUUUCCUGGAAAAAGGCAGAGAUUCAUGUUUCUUUUAUAUGGCGUUACUAGCCAAUUUUUUUUUUGUUUUGAUAAAUUGAUUCAUAAGGGUGCUGGUUCCCUUGCUUUUCUGUAUACACUUAUUUAUGAUCUUAAAUUUAACCAGGCUAUUUUUUGAGAACUUUUAUUUAGAAAACCUCUCAAAGAAUAUAUAGUCAUCUGAAAACCCAUUUCUUGCAAAUAGUUUGAGGAUCAGAGUGAUGGUAAUCAUCUUGUGCUACAGAAUGAGAGAAAUAAAAUGAUAGCUUAUUGUAAA